CCGUACCGAUAACACGGCCACACACACGGCCACGCACACACACACACACCGUCUCUCUCUGCAGCCAUAUCGCCGUAGUAGUCGUCUCCGCGUCGUCCACACGCACAUCACGCAUACCGCGGCCACGGGCACACCGCGCGCCCCGCUCGUAACCACAAUCGUCCUGUCGACCGCGCGUCGUCGUCGUACAAGUGUGGUGCGUUUCUCGUUUCGACCACCGCCGUUGUCGUCGUCGUCGUCGUCGCCAUCAUCACUAUGCAGACGUGCGGCCGGCGAAAACACGGCGGCGCGACCGUCACCAUCGCGGCGGCCCUGUGCGCGACUUGUCUGCUGAACGCCGUCUCGGCGGUGCGCGGGCAGAUGGAAACCGUCGCUGCGGCGCCGGACGGAGGCGGCGGUGGAGGACCGCAAUUGCUGUCGUCGUUGCAACCGCCUACGACAACCACCACGACCACGACCACGACCACCAACGCUCAACACCAGGCCAAGUCCGACGACUCGGCCAACGCGGAACUCCUGAAGCAGGUGUUGAUGAAGAAAUGUCUACAUCGGUACACGAUGACGUGCCUGAAACUGGACUUGGUUCGGCUGAUCGACCGACUGGGCACGGCCCGUGCCUAUCAGCUAGUUCCCGGCGUGUCGCUUGUUCGGGCUUCGGACAGCAACCAGACGGCGGCCACUGGCGGUCACCACUACCGACAGAACCAGCACCACAAGCAACACCACUAUCACGGCGGCAUACCUCCGGAGGUAGUCAGGUCCCUAGUGCGGGGCAACGAUUCGGCUGAUGAGCUGGACGGGUAUCUGAUGGAAAAGGUCGAUGCGUACCUGAACAGCCUGUCCAUCAGCGUUAAGCUGGUUGACUCGGCGGUCGUGGAGAAGGUGCGCAAUCUCAGUAGCCAGAUGCUCGUCAACAUACUACCCACCGGAUUACUGGAGACUGGACGAGGUAAGAAGGACGGUAUGAAAGCGGCCAUGUGGUCAGCAGGCACGCUGGCAGCAAUCGCUUUCGCAUCGUUGGCCGCCAUGUCGGGCAAGGCGCUGAUGACCGCCAUGUUGGCACUCGUCCUGGCAGCCGUGUGCGCGCUCAAGGGCCACGGAGGCGGUGGAGGCGGCGGCGGCGGCGGUUACGGUAAGACGUCGCAUUACGAGAUCAUCACCAAGCCGGCCAUCUACGACCACGAACACCUGGUGCACGGAGCGUCGUACUCGUCGGCGCCGUACAGUUACGCUCGACACCUGACCAUGGACGAGAACGGCGGGACGCAUCACCCGAUCGGCCGCGGCCCGCCGCAGGCUCAGCGGGUCAGCGUCGUGCACGCGGCGCCGGCCGUUUCGGCGGCCGUCGUCCAGCCCAACGACGCGUCCGGCACGGGUGAACAGGCCGGCGAGGAGGACGCGGACGACGAGGCCACCGUCGGCCGUUUGUCUUAUCCGCUGGCGCCGGUCGCUUACAUACCCACCAACAACGCCUGACGUCUCGACGACCAAUCGGAGUUUUGACGUUAUCGUUUGAGCGUCCACUUCACAGUCGACGUUAAUACAACUGUUAUUAUUAUUAUUAUUAAUAGUAUUUAUUUAUUUAUUAUUAUUAUUAUUAUUAUUAUUAUUAUUAUU